AGUGAGUGCAAGUUUUUUAUUGUUUUAUUGUUUAAUUUUUUUAUUUACGUAUUUUUAUUCUUAUUCAAGUCAAGAAUAGAAAUUCAAAAUGGCUGAUGUCAUUCAAAAUUUCAAGUUGCUCUUCGACCGCCCCAAUGAACCCAUGGUCUCACCAAAGGGCGACGAAAGUGUACUCUUCGAACUGACUGAACAAUUCUUGGGAGACGAAUACAAAAGCAAUGGUAUCGAGAUCAACAACCGCUUUGGUGACACGGCUACUCGUACGGUUCCGUUGAAGGGACUGAGAAGGACGCCGGCAUUUACUAAAGCCAGGAGACUGCCGACCGAUGAAGAAUUUUCCGUAUUCCUCCCUGCCCACCAAGAAAUGGCAGACGAAGUUAUUGCUGAACUCUUAGCCGUACCGGAGAACCAGCUACAAGAUUUACUUUCAACUUGUGUGUAUGCCCGUGUCAACCUAAACCCACAACUGUUUAACUACUGCUACUCCGUUGCAUUGAUGCACAGACGUGAUACUAGAAAUGUUCCAAUCCAGAAUUUUGCUGAAACUUUUCCCGCUAAAUUCGUUGAUUCAAAAGUUUUUUCUAAAGCUCGAGAGUCAGCUGCUGUCGCCAAUAAAGGAGGUCCGCGUAUCGCAAUUGUCAUCCCAAGAGAUUAUACUGGUACGGAUUUGGAUAUUGAACACAGAUUGGCUUACUGGCGAGAAGACAUAGGCAUCAACCUUCACCACUGGCAUUGGCAUCUUGUAUAUCCAUUCUCGUCAACCCAACGCGAAAUUGUUGCAAAGGAUCGUCGUGGUGAACUGUUCUUCUAUAUGCACCAGCAAGUUAUUGCCAGGUACAAUGGAGAACGUUUACUGAACAGUUUAGCUAGAGUUAAAAAGUUUAGCGACUUCAAUGAGCCGAUUGCAGAAGCAUACUUCCCGAAAUUGGAUAGUUUGACGACAUCGCGCGGGUGGCCUCCACGCCAAGCGAAUAUGCGGUGGUCAGAUCUGAAUCGUCCCGUGGAUGGACUUGUUGUGACUAUUGCUGAUAUGAACCGUUGGAGGAGAAACAUCGAGGAAGCAAUUUCAACAGGAUUGGUCAGAAUGCCCGACGGUUCUACACAAACUUUGGACAUAGAUACUCUGGGCAACGUCAUAGAGUCCAGUAUUCUAUCACCUAAUCGCGAGUUCUACGGUUCACUCCAUAACAACGGCCACAGUUUCGCCGGCUACAUGCACGAUCCAACCAACCGCUAUCUGGAAUCCUUCCAAGUAAUGGCUGACGAGUCAACCAACAUGCGUGAUCCAUUCUUCUACCGCUGGCAUGCAUUUGUAGAUGACCUUUUCCAAAGAUUCAAGGAGUCCGGCAACGUACGCCCUUACUCACGCUCAGAGUUGGAAAACCCAGGUGUUCAGAUAACAUCAGCAAGAAUUGAAAGCAGCACUGGGGAUAUUAACACGCUUAACACCUUCUGGAUGCAAAGUGACGUGGAUCUGUCCCGCGGUCUCGACUUUUCAGACCGUGGCGCAGUCUACGCCCGUUUCACCCAUCUCAACCAUCGCCCAUUCCAAUACGUGAUCGAAGCCAACAACACUGGUAAUUCAAGACGCACCACGGUCCGCAUAUUCAUAUCUCCGAAGUUCGAUGAACGUAAUCUGCCAUGGAUUCUUAACGACCAGCGCAAGAUGUUCAUAGAGAUGGACAGAUUCGUCGUACCAUUAAACGCAGGGCAAAACAGAAUCGUCCGCCAGUCGACCCAAUCUUCGUUGACGAUCCCGUUCGAGCAGACUUUCCGCGACUUAUCCGCCCAGGGAUCCGACGCUAGGAACCCCACUCUCGCCAGUUUCAACUUCUGCGGCUGCGGAUGGCCGCAGCACAUGCUGGUUCCGAAGGGCACAGAACCUGGUGCACAGUAUGAUCUCUUCAUCAUGCUGUCAAACUACGAACUCGACAGCAUAAACAACCCCGAAGGUCAAGAGUUGUCAUGCGUCGAGGCAUCCAGCUUCUGCGGACUGAAGGACCGACUCUACCCAGAUAGGCGCAACAUGGGUUAUCCGUUUGACCGACCUUCUACCUCAGCCGCCAAUAUCCAGGACUUUGCCAACCUCCCCAACAUGUCACUUACUGAUAUUACCAUCCGUCUUCAAAACAUUACGGAACAAAACCCUAGAAACCCUAAAAACUGACAUAUUUACCUUAUUUACGCAUAAAAUCAUGGUUUUCGUGGUUUUUAUUUAUCUUUUCACAUUUUGAUGUCUUUUAGAAAAAGGCGCAUUUAAAUUCUCCGUUUCAACCAUGAAAUGCUAUAUGUAAACUAGAAUUAAAAUGUAAAUAAAAAUUAAAAGGCCAAUCGUUUAAUAUACCUACUUUGUAUGUAUUUAGAAGUAUGUAACUAAUGUAAAUAAACUUAAGUAACUAAUAGCUAUAAUAUUAUGU